AACUUGCAUUCAUCUAUCAGUUUUGUACUCUCUCUAUUUCUCUCUACAAUGGCUAAUCUAAAUAGCAUCUCAUUUUCUCUAAAACUCGUACUUCUCUUCAUCAUAUUCCCAUUAUCAACAAAUGCAGCUAGUUUUAGUGUUUUAAGAUAUGGAGCGAAACCGAACGGUAGAACCGAUUCGACGAAAGCUUUUUCACGAGCAUGGUCUUUAGCUUGCCAGUCUAGAAAACCGGCGACAAUGUGGAUACCAAAAGGAACUUAUUUGGUAAAGAAAGUAACUUUUAAUGGUCCGUGUAGAAGUAAAAGAGUCACAGUACAAUUUGAUGGUAAAAUUGUGGCACCUCCUAAGAACAUUUGGGUCAUUGGGAGUUCCCGGAAUUGGAUUUUGUUCCAUGGUAUCAAUGGGUUAACGAUCACUGGCGGGGUGAUAGAUGCUCGUGGAUCUCAGUAUUGGAAUUGUAGGAGAUCUGGUGGAAGAUGCCCACAAGGUGCAGUGUCACUGUCGAUAGACAAUGUGAAAAACGGUGUAAUCAGCGGUUUAACAUCAAUCAACAGCCAACAAUCUCAUAUAUCUAUCAAUGGCUGCAACAAAAUGCUGAUUCAACGAGUCACUAUUAUUGCACCCCGCCAGAGCCCCAACACAGACGGAAUACACCUACAGGCGUCAACAAGUGUGACAAUCAUUGAUUCUACCAUUGGAACUGGGGAUGAUUGUAUUGCAAUUGGUCCGGGGACUAAAAAGCUACUGGUUCAACGCGUAAAAUGUGGUCCUGGACAUGGAAUUAGUAUUGGAAGUUUAGCUAGAAGUCAAAAUGAAGCAGGAGUACAAGGAAUUGUGGUGAAGGACGUAACGUUUGACGGAUCAGACAAUGGCGUACGGAUUAAAACAUGGGCUAGACCAAGCAACGGUUUCGUAAAAAACGUUCUUUAUCAAAAUAUCGUGAUGAAAAGCGUUCGACAUCCUAUAAUUAUUGAUCAAACAUAUUGCCCUGGUGACAACGGCUGCCCUAACCAGAACUCUGGAAUCAAGAUCAGUGGGGUGACAUACUUAAAUGUCCAUGGAACGUCGAGAUCACCAAUUGCCGUUAGCCUACAUUGUAGUCGCACUACCCCAUGUACAGGGAUCAAAUUAUACAACGUUAAGCUGAGUUAUUCAAAAAAACCUGCCAAGUCUUUUUGUUACAGUGCCGCCGGUACAUCUCGAGGACAAGUCCUGCCAGGAAGCUGUUUCUAGUCUAGUAAUUGAAGUUCAAUCGAGUGGAGUUUUUUUUUCCCCCCUCUCAUUUCCCCCCUAAUUAUGUUGUAAUUAUAUAUGACGAGUUCACCUACUAGCAUAACGCGAGUAUGAGUUAGCAAAAGAAACUUGUCUGCAGUACUAUUUACCAUUCUUGAUGAGAAUUAAGGGCAAGGUCCUAAAAAAUUCUUCAUCACCUCACAAUGUUGCAUAUAUAUUCCUUGGUGUGGCUUAAGAUUGUAGCUUUUAUUUGAGCUUUUUUCUUCUUCUUUUUUUUGUAACAGAGAAAGCUUGUCAUUGUAUUUCUGUACCUUUAUA